CAAAUAUUUAUCCAAACCUUCACUUUCAAUUCUCUCCAUUUAGAUUAUUACCUUUUCUGGAAACUUCAUAGCAUCAUAAUAAUGGCUUCUCUAGACAAGUUGGCCAUGGCUAAGCGUUGCUCUCAUGAAGGGGUAGUUGCUGGGACAAAAGCAGCAGUGGUGGCAACAAUUGCAACAGCUAUUCCAACAAUGGCCAGUGUGAGAAUGCUGCCCUGGGCAAGAGCCCACCUGAACCCCACUGCCCAGGCACUCAUCAUCUCAACAGCCGCAGGCAUGGCUUACUUCAUCGUAGCCGACAAGACGGUUCUCGCCACCGCCCGCCGCAACUCCUUCGAGACCUGCUCUGUCUCGGGAAACAUCGACGCCUGAGCGCCCCGCGGCUAGCUCGAGAUAUGCUCCAAGUAGCUAUAUAAGGUGCAACAAAAAAUGAGUGGUGAGUGUGGUGACCAACAUGCAUGCAUGCCUUGUAAUAUAUAGUUGGUUUCCCAUGGGCAUAGUGUUGUUGUUGGCUUUGUUUCUGUUUGAUGUAUCAAAUGUGUGUUCGAGCAUCUAGAAUAUGCUCUUGUUAUAUAUAAAAGAAUCCAUAAUGAUCUUCUUGUUCGACAGAUCGAUCGAGGAGAGAUGCAUGAGGAUUUGAAAUAAUUCAUGUAAAAUAACUAUCACACAACUCUGUAUAUAUCUUCAAAUUAAACCAUUGAUGUUUUGAGUCUUGCA